AUGGGGAUCUCAAAAUCGAAAGGCAACACACACAACAUCUUCCUCCUCUGCAACUACAUCCUCUUAGGCUCAGCGUCAAGCUGCAUCUUCCUCACAAUCUCCCUCCGUCUCUUCCCAUCUCUCUCCGGCCUCUCCCUCAUCUUCCUCCACGCUCUCACCAUCGCCACCGCCGUCUCCGGCUGCUCCGUGUUCGCCUCCUCCACCGCCACCACCACGAGCGACAGACUAUACGGUGCACACAUGGUGGCCACAGUCCUCGCGGCCAUAUUCCAAGGAGCAGUCUCUGUUCUGAUAUUCACGAGAACAGGGGAUUUCCUAAGGACACUUAAAUCGUAUGUUCAGGAAGAAGACGGAGCAGUGAUUCUCAAGCUCGCUGGUGGUUUGUGCGUUUUGAUGUUCUGCUUGGAGUGGGUUGUUCUUGUGUUGGCGUUUUUGUUGAAGUAUAGUGAUUAUCUGGAUGAGAGUGUUGUAGAUGAUAACGGUAAUGGUAAGUUUCAGAGGCAAGACGAAGAUCUCAAAGAUUGGCCUUCUUAUCCAUUUCAACUCAAGCUUUAA